CACUGCAACAUCAAUUCAUAACCCUAGGGCACCUCCCUCCCACAAAUAUAUCCAUAUCUUAUUAGAUAAAAAAAAAUCAGCUGUAUUUCCAAAUCUUGAAAAAAUGGCACGUUCUUUCUCCAACGUUAAAACCGUCUCUUCCUUCGUCGGGAACCAAAUCUCCGCCUCUCUUGCCAGGAGGGGAUACUCUGCUGCGUCGCAGGCGCAGGGGGUGGGCCGGGUUGUUGGGGCACCGAAUGUGAUGCUGAAGAAGGGAUCGGAGAAGGCAGGGGAGAGCGCAUGGGUGCCCGACCCGCUUACCGGAUACUACACACCCGAAUCUAAUGCGAAGGAGCUUGACCCGGCGGAGUUGAGAAAGAUGCUCAUCAGGAGCAAGAACAAUGCUAAAUGAACCCAUCGAGACGGCGUGGUCUCGUUUGGCCCGGCCCGGCCCGCGAUAGAUGAACACCAUAGAUUUUUUAUUGAAUUUAAGCACAAAUUGCCUGCUCAUAUUGCUCAUCGUUCCUGCUAUUAUUAUUAGUUAUUACUGUGUUCAAAUGGAUCUGUAUUUUCGUUGCUAUGUUAUUAUUAUUAAAAUAUAGUAUUAUAAUUCAAUAUUUUGAUCAA